AUGGUGACCAAACGAGGCAUCGAGCCCAACCCUGAGAAGGUCCAGGCCAUCAUCAACAUGCAGCCUCCCAGCACCGUCAAGGACUUGCAACGGUUGACUGGUCGACUGGCUGCCCUCAGUCGCUUCCUGAGCAAGGCGGCGGAUAAAACUAUACCAUUCUUCGAGGCUAUGAAGAAGAAGGAAGGUUUUGCCUGGACGACCGAGUGCCAACAGUCGUUCGAAGAGCUGAAACAAUAUCUUUCCACACCUCUGGUGUUGUCCACCCCACGGGUGGGUGAGCCUUUGUUUUUGUACUUGGCCGCCUCCCCCAAGGCGGUAAGCUCGGUACUAGUCCGGGAAGAAGAGCGUACCCAGCACCCGGUGUACUACGUAAGCCGCUCCUUAAAGGCCGCCGAGACACGGUACACGGCCUUGGAAAAAAUUGUCUACGCGCUAGUGAUCACCAUGCGCAAGUUAGCGCCCUAUUUCCAAGCAAAUACCGUCUGGGUACUGACCGACCAACCGCUAGGGAGCGUACUGCGGAACCCCGCGUUGUCAGGUCGACUGGUGAAAUGGGUGGUGAAAUUAACCCAGUACGGGAUCGAGUAUCAACCGCGACCGUCCAUAAAAGGGCAAGCCUUGGCCAAUUUCUUGGUCGAGUGUACGGCAGGGGAAGAAGAGAAAGAGCGCACCACGGAAGAUAGUUCAGGCGAGUGGUGGGAGAUGCACGCGGAUGGAGCGGCAAGUCGACAACACUGUGGAGGCGGAGUCAUGCUAAUCACUCCAGAGGGAUUCCGACUCUACUACGCCCUGAGCUAUUUGUUCCCGACAUCUAAUAACGAAGCUGAGUAUGAGGCUGUGUUGGGCGGCCUUCGACUCGCCAAAACGCUGGGAGUAGAACGAUUGCGAAUCAAAACUGACUCCCGGUUAGUGGCCGGACAAAUCUCCGGCACCUACGAAGCUAAGAACGCCCGGAUGACCCAGUAUAAGGAGAAGGCGAUAGAAAUGCUGAAGGAAUUCGGAACAUAUGAAAUAGAGCAUAUCUCCCGGGCGGACAACAUCGAAGUCGACAUAUUAUCAAAAAUUGCCUUAGAGGGAAUACCAGAUCACCUCGCCAAGAUUUGCCAAAAGGAAGAAUUAAGUCGUCCAAGUAUAGAGGAGACGCCGUUGGAGGUCCAACAGGUAAUUAUCGAGGAAUGGGAUCGAGAGACAAACCCCGAGAUGUUUUGGAUAGAAGACAUCUGGCGGUUUAAGGAAACGGGCGAGUUGCCAGAUGACCAAGGAGUCACCGCAAGGAUUCGACGAAAAGCCCCUUCAUUCCAGAUCAUUGACGGGCAAAUGUACAAGCGGUCAUUCGGAGGCCCCCUCUUGAAGUGCCUACUCAGGCCCGAAGCCGAGAGGAUAAUGGAUGAAGCUCACCGAGGGAUCUGCGCCGCCCACCAGGGAGCCCACACUCCCGCCCGGAAACUAGUCGUCCAGGGGUACUACUGGCCGACCAUGAUGCGAGAUUGCAUUGAGUGGAUAGCUAAGUGCGGCAUUUGCCAAGCCUUCGCCCGGAAGGAUACUCGGCCGGCCACCUUCUACACGCCGGUCACCACAGCCAUCCCUUUUGCUAAGUGGGGAAUCGACUUGUUGGGACCAUUACUAGACGCCCCGGGAAGCCUGAAAUUCUGCGUGGUGGCCAUCGAUUACUUCACUAAAUGGGUUGAGGCCGAGCCACUAGCCACCAUCACCGAGUACCAGUGUCGACGCUUCCUGUGGAAGAAGGUGAUUUGCCGUUUCGGCCUGCCCGAGCACGUAGUUACCGAUAACGACAGACAGUUUGACUGCCAAGCCUUCGCCGACUUCUGUCGCCGGCAUAGUAUACGACAUACCAAGGUAUCCGUCGCGUACCCCCAGGCCAACGGACAAGUCGAAAAUGUAAAUCGGACCAUAGUGGACGGGAUUCGGAAGAGGUUGGAAGACAUCGAGGGAAACUGGGCGGAUGAGCUCGACCGGGUCCUAUGGGCUUAUCGAACUACGCAAAGACGGGCGACGGGAGAAAGCCCAUUUUCCCUAGCAUACGGCUUUGAAGCCAAGGUUCCGAUAGAAGUCGUGGAACCCACCUACCGAGUCCGCAACUAUUCUGAUGAGGAGAAUGAGAAGAGCCUUAAAAUUGAGAAGAACUUCCUGGAGGAAUGA